GCGCGUGGGGGAUAAAAGCCCAAGUCGACCAAUGGGACAGGGCCGCCAGUGAUAAAGCAACCCCCGGUGUCCUGAAACUCAAGUUUGACGCCAUUCAGGACUGUGUUGUGUGUACGACUGCACGAGGCACACCGCGCGUGUACAGCAGGAUCCCGGUUCGCACCAGUGGCCAACCGCACGGCGCAACAGUAGAGCUUCGCACGGGACCGCUGCAACAAUGCACCACUCGGAGAUGAAGGCCAUAGCUCUGUGUUCGUUGGUCCUGCUGCUCACGCUAGUAUCAGCAAAAGGUGCAUCAUAUCAGAGUUCCGAGGUGGCCAGCGGCGGUGGCGGCAGGCAGCUGGGCGACGUGCUCCUGGAGGAGCAGAUGUCGUGGGGCGAGGGCCCCGACGAAGAGCUGGACGAGGCGGCGGCGGAAACCAAGCGCGCAUUCCACGCCAUGCGCGGCAAGAAAGACGACGACGCCUGGGACUCGGAGGACAAGCGCGCCUUCCACGCCAUGCGCGGCAAGCGGCUCCUGGCGCCGGCCAGCGUGGACUCCUUCAUCGCCCAGCUGCGCCGCGCCGUGCUCCAGGGCAAACGCGGCUCCGGGUUCUUCGGCAUGCGCGGGAAGAGGCAGAUGCGUAGCGGCCACAAGAGUUCGAGGACAAAGUUCGUCGCCUCGCGAGGUCGAAGGUCGGCCUCAGGCGAGCCUCCAGCCGAGGCGUUCUUCUAGGAGUUCUCCCCGCCUCCACGUCCUCUUCCUCACCCUCAAGUCCCGGCGCAUUCCACCGUACCGCCGCUGCCGUGUCUCGCCCGCGCAAUCAAGCACGUACGCCGCCCCGGACGCCAAGACUCGGCAAAAAGCCCGCGCGCAAUCGCCCUUCCCCACGCCACUGCGGAACGACCGCCGACGACGACAUCGGAGACCUCCAAGAAGCCGUCCUCUUCGAGCGAAGAAGAAGGCGUAUAGUGCGCCCGAAACGGCGACGUCACAACCGGGAUGAUGGUCACCGCCGUGGGUUUGGCGCACCGCUGGGCCUACUCGAUGGCUAUCACGUGUAUGCCUUGGAGGGCACAGGCACAAUGCUGUUCGUUUCCAUUUUGGGGGAUUUUUAGACGCGCUUGCGUGAUCUCCUUUGUGCUUCCUCCUGUUUUACGAUUGCCCUUCCUUGCUGGUAGUUUUGGCGGCUGGAAUUCACCUGUGGUGGGCCUUUGUGUAAACACCGCGUUUACUCUGCAAUCAUUGAUUUGUUGAUGUAUGUAUACAGGCGUUCACACGGAAAGUUGUCCUUUUUUUUUCUCGGUGAAUAAAAGGGCAACCAGGAAAGCAAAGGUUCCCCCUGCGCCUGUUUUAAGCGACAUAGGCGCUGAACGGCUGAUAUUCCAGGUGGCCUGCCCUGGCCACAUGUUCAUUUGUUUCACUGUAAAUCCAUGUUUCAAAAAAAGGAAAGUGUAAACGGCUGUGUCACAUUUCCCGUUGACCUGCACACAUCAGCCGAGUAAUCAUCAAGCCGGUCGUUUAGCGCCUCGUGAAGGGUUAAAUAACGUAUAAUAACAUAUAACAGAUGCGAAAUGCGUCUAAGUUAGUUCUAGCAGCUGCUUUCUGUGUUGCGUAAAUUAGAGCAGCAUGCAACGUAACACCCCUUGCCUGUGAUAUCGUGGUGGCGACACAGCUUUAUCAUGGCUAGUGACUCACUGGCCCAGAGUGGCCAAUACGUUGGGUUCAGGAAGUGUCCCCCAGACCAGCUAAUAAAGAAGCGUAAGCUUGCGGAGGCGUGUCGAAUAAAUAUAGAACGUGUACCGGCUAAGCUUCCAUACCUUUUACGCGCAUUAAAUCAGCUGGCGUGGUGUCACCAAUGAUAUACCUGUUACUAAAAGCUAAAACAGUAAAACAUGUGCAGCGCCGGGUGGCCCCUGCCAUAACAUUACGCCUUGUAGUGUUUUUUAAGACGCAGUUCCUCCAGCAGAAUAAAGAGCGUACGUCAGCAAGCCGAGUUCAGUGGCACGACCAUCGUCCACAGAAAGCUUCCAUUAGUGCGAGCGCUUAGCGUCACCCUAAUGCGUGCGAACGAAGAACCGAAACUUAUGUGUCAAAAAAAAAAAUUAUAAAUUAUGGCCUGAUCAACCGAAAGUAACGUUACCUUUUUUCGAGGAAGCGGGGUGUCGCACUUCCGGCACAUCGCUAUCAUAAAUAAUGAAAGCCGUAACUAGAGUAAAACAAAAAUAAAGGUCAUUCUCGCUUUGUUCUAAAACAAAAAACAGGUCUUCUGCAGGCGAGCAUAUCUAAGGACCGUAACAAAAGGACUUAUGUGUGCAGGCAUAAGCAGCAACAGAAAUUAUGCUUUUAACCAAGCAUGCUUUUUGCGUGUGCGCAUGAGAGAAUGUUUUAUCUAAUAUCAUAAACCCUUGUUCCAAAAACAACUUUUUGAACAGAUUGCCCGAAGGUGCAGGCAAAACAAAGGAAUAGUUGUAGCAUGCCAAAGAAGGCUGGAAGCUUUAUCAUGUUGAAGCAUACGAGGACCAUCAUCUCAAUCCGGCAGCUGCUAAGCGACUGACGCAGUAUUGGUGACUGCGUGCUUUGUAAGUUGGUAUCGUAAAUGGUGGUAAAGAGAAGGUGAUUUAGAACUUUGAGGCUUGAAUGCUUCUAUGACACUAUUCCAUUGGCGCUUUCACGACGCCCUGAACUACCGGCAGGUCAAGCAAUUACCUAACGGUCUUAAAUUCAACAACGACGCCAUGAGCUGUGUACAAAUAAAUUAUUCCGUUCGUGGUGGCGCUAUGAAUUAACCAAAGCUAAGCUGUUUUCGAAACUACCGUUGCUGAGUGAGCGAUAAAAAGAACAGACUUAUUGCUUGAGGAUGACAACUAUCACGCUGGUGCCAAUAAAUAAAAAAAAAUAAUGAUGGCGUGGGUUGAUGCAGUGCGACUAAAAUAAAAGAAAAAAGCAUUUUCGUUUCACGUGCCCAUCACUUCUUCCCGAGAAGCAGCUACGACGAGGCUCUCUGAUGUCGUACGGCGAGAAGUUUACAAAAACUGACAAUCGAACGAACGAUAGAAGGCAUAUACAGUUAUACACACAGCGCUGUUCAUAUAAUCUUCGUGCAGCAGGACAGAUAAUCUUUAUGAAUUGUCGAAAAAUCAAGUUUUCAUCGUUUAGAACAGGAACGUCAACCUUUUCUCCUUCUGGCACGUCAUUCUAUCUUCGUGUGCCUGCUUUUCAUUUUUUUGUUUUUUAGCAUUCACGCAAGCCCUCCGGUUUCGCAACACGCACGUGUUAAUGUACCAGAUAGAAAUAAGUAUGGAAUGUAUCCUUCGCGCAGAGAGUUUCAGCUAAAACUCUCUUACAUUUUAUUCCAUAAUUUUUUUGCAGCUUACUGGGUGACAGAGUAUGACGCCAAGCGGUCUUCAUCCAAAGUGACACCUAUAUACCCCACCAACGUAAAAACUCCUGAACCCCUUCGAUCGUGACAAAGCUUUGUAAUAGAGCGCCUGAGACAAGCCACAAAAUUGGCAGCCGCCAUGCGAUCGUCCAACACUGGUACUGUCACGUACAAUCGUCUUUGCGAAAAGUACAGCGGACUCAGUCCCCGGAUGAGAUGACGCGAGAUUAGGGGUUCUGCAACGUUAGGCAGAAGCUGUUCAGACGGGCGGGGAAUAAGAGGAACUGGGUGAAGAAAAUUUUUGAGUCGCAAUUGACGAGGCUAACUAUCUGGAUGUCAUUUUCGUUUUCUCUUUCUUUUUCUUUUCUUGAAACAUGCCUCGAGCAUGCAGGCACACUCAGACGCUGACCGAGACAGAGUCGAACAUGUUCUCACCGUUGGAUGAAGGCAGAUAUCGGAACCGUCAAGGCUCGCGUCUUCUUUCGACCCAGUGAAGUCGACCUCGAAGAUUACUCCCUCGCCAGUUACCCAUCUUCCCUCUCUCACACACACAGACACCUUUGAAAACACCAACGUCGCUCGCCUCGUUCUGACGCGCGCGUAUUUCACUUCGCCGCCGCGAAGACGGCGCUUAUCCGUACGGGGCCCCCAUUGUUCCUCGGUGCGCGAACAGAAGCUCGAUAAAAGCAUUGUUGGCGUCGGUUACUUAACAAUGCCGGGAUCGAAGCUGCCGCUGUCUAGGGUUUAUCGGCAUCGCGCGGCUUGCGCCGUUCGCUUUUCAAGCGCACCAGUAAUGGCAGUCAGUCUCGAAAGUUAUGGGCCGGCUCGGUUGUCCGAGCUGAUGGCAUCGAAAAGCGUGCCGCCACAAAAGCGUGACACGCUCAAACAGUGCUCCGCUAAUCGUGCCGACCCGCUGUGUUUCAGCUUUGCUUCGCGACAGCCGCAGCCGUAUCGCUCCUUUAUGGAGCAUAUUCUCAACGCAAACAGCCGAGCCUGUACGCUCAGAGAUAGAGAGCGUGCGUAAGUACGCUUCUGUUCUGUCACGUUGUCAUGCUCCAGAAUCAGCAAUUAUGGUUUAAGCAAGAUCCUUGUGGUCAUUCGUUUCAUAAAAGCAAGAAGUAGUUAACCCCGCAUUAGUUACUAUGAAACUGACUUGAGCUUUACUGUAAGUUUCAUUUUUUUUUUUUUUUUUGAUGCACUGCAUUGCAUCGAUCCGCAUUAACUAAGGUCCGCUCAGGCCGGUACCGGAGAUGAAUGCAGCUGUUAAUAUCAACAAAUUUUUGCUGAAGAUCUUUCAGUACUUCCAACCUCCCCAAUUGGCUCAUAAUAAGUACGUGUACUGAUUCUGUCUCUUCAACCUCAUACUUGACAGGCUUAAAUAACUGGCUCCACAGGCAGAAGUGAAUCUAUGUACUGACCGCCGUAGUAACAUUCUAACUGUCGCUGUUUCCGUAAUCGCUAAUUACGUCGUUUCCAUUGACAUUCGUAUUAGCGCCCUCAACCCACAAACAUCACUCCAGAAAAGUUAGCGUAUUGCGCAAUUUGUUGCGAGAGUAACUCAGGGAGGGUUCUCGCCCCUGACCCGCAUUUAUGCGGCAAUAUUCAUCGCGUGGUUAAGUAAGCUCCUUCCAAGGAAUUGGAGGGAGCUGUUGCUGGACUUUCGGCUCGAUACACAGAACCGGCGUCGAAAAAUUCUUAAAGCAGCUUUAAUUGAACAAGCUGCUUAGUUUUCGUCUUGCUAAACUUGUUACAAACAAAACCAAAUAAUAAUAAUAAUAAUAAUAAUAAUAAUAAUAGCGCAACCAAAAGAAGAAAGUGACUCUGCACCCAAACGUCAAUGGUCUUCUACCGAUGGUACCUUGCAGUGGCGCCAUCUCUGCGUUGAGAGUAAGACUAACGUCAUCAUAAAUCCCAGAGUCUGAAAAAAGAGCGCCGCGUUUGAGUUAAAGGUUCGACAAUACUCACGAUACGAGCAGAGAACACUCUCUCCAAAAACACGCGGAAAGAGUUCAGUGAUACUAUUUUUGGAGCGAGAAAUAGCAUCGUCGCACAAAAAAAGCUUACAGUUUCUUUCUGCCGAAGUACCCAGACUUUCGCACUGUUGAUCACGCAAGGCACGCUAGAAAUCAGACGCGCAUGUUGUACAUACGUCCACUUUGAAAGCUCACUAUAACAUAUUUAUUUGCUCCUAGUGCACCACAAAUGCCACCAAAACAUACCAAACAUACCGAAGCAAUCGGCACUUUCGGACGUUGCCAUGCCACGUAUAUUUGUGGAAACACGCAUUGUCAACUUAAACGUGGAAAGAAAAAUUGAAACUCUUUUCCGCACACUGUUUUCUAUGCGUGUUGGUGCUGCAGUGGUUAAUCAUACCGCAUAAAAAUUUGACGUUUGUUUAACAGCUAAAAGCUCUUGCCACGAUGUAGUCAUUUUAUGUCGUCUAGCGUCUUGUUAUUGUGUCUGUUACGUAACGACAUCCAGAAGAAUAUGUUUCGCAAUAAUCUGCACAAUGUGGCCUCUGAUUCUUAAGAUGAUAAAGAUUCAUAAUUUGAAAAUCAUGUUUUUUUUUUUUCAUUCAUCGAGCCGUAAAGUUGUGUUCCCUAUAUUCUCAAGCACAAAGUGUGCAGGAUUACAGUGUUUCGUUGUUCUUUGGUUUUCUGUACAUUUCGUGUCUAAAGAGUUUUGUCGUGGUGCACAAUUACAUUUUUUCCCUCUUUCUUUCGUCCAUGCCGCUGAGCAGACGGGCACCACGUGACCACCGUGAGGGGAGGCGCGGGGAAUAGAAGAAACAUAUCAGUUUUGUGUGAGCUUAGCUUGUGUGUGCCGCGAUGUCCACGAAAACAUGGCUCCGCUGCUGUCGCGCAUAAUUACAUCGCGUGUACAUUAGGCCUGCCCGUGCAACAAGGAGGAAACCGGAUAUCCCCACUCCGUAUCCUACAGCGCCAGCCAAUUUCUGCCCUGUUGUGUUCUUUUCGUUUUCAUUAGGCUUGCAACGAGUGUAAUUCUCCCGUUCCAGGCUUCAAAUAAAACGAUCUUCUAUUUUGAAGUGGC